AUGAUGAAAUAUAUGUGUGAUCGCGAAUUCGGACCGCCGCUGAUUUCGCGUGUGAUCGACGAAGACGAGGCAAUUCAUUCGUUGCUUAAUAAGGAGAAGCUUAUCGGACACACGCAAACUGUAAAUUCGUUGAAAUGGGAUAAGAAGGGAACAUUCCUCGCAUCGGGAUCUGACGAUAAAAAUGUGAUCGUUUGGAGAGCUAAUCACCAAAUAAAGAAAAUUGAAACGGCUCAUGCCAAAAAUGUGAAUGCAGUCGACUUUAUACCAUCGGAAAAAUGCAGUGUUGUUUCGGGAUCGCGCGACGGCAGCAUUCUCAAAUAUGACAUCGAAAAUGAUUCUCCUCCAAAACGAUGGCAAAUCGAUGGUGGAGUGAAUUGCAUUGAAACCAACAAAUAUGAGCCACACUAUUUUUGGGUUGGAUGUGAAAUUGACGGAGUCAAGGAAUGCGAUGUUAGAACACCGGAAAUGAACGAAUUGAUAAGAUAUGAGAGAGCGAGAGUGAAAUCAAUUGCGAUUUGCGAAGAGCAUUCCCAUCUGAUGGGCGUUGGCCUAUCGAGGACAGAGACUGAAGUUUACGAUAGAAGGAAUCUCAAGACACCAUUGCUAAAAUUGAAAUCAUCUGAAUGCCCUGAAACAUUUUAUGCGACUCACAUAACCUUUAAUGAAACGGGCACUGAAAUCAUGACAAAUCUGAAAGGCGGCAGCAUCUAUGUUUAUGAUUUAAAUGAAAAUAAGAAGCCGAAGACGCUCGAAGCGAUCAAUGCUCUUAUCCGUCCGCCUUCUGAACAGAAACCUUUGCUUGAUCCGAAACAUCCGGAUUAUAGACGGGAUGUUCAAUGGCUUGAUCUAUUCUUCAAACAAAAUCAUAUAUUAUUGGGAAUCGCAUAUUUCAGCGAAGUGAUUCAAUCGAAUUGUGUCGAUCCGCAAUAUCGAAGCUACGCGUAUACCUCGCGAGCUGUUUUGUGCACACUUACCCAUCGCAAUGGGGAUCAAUAUGAAGUGAUUCGUGAUUGUGUCAAUGCUCUUCAAGAAUGGAAUGGCAACUCGCUGGCAUUGGCCACACUUGCUGCCGCAUUAUGUCGCCUCGAUUACUAUGAUUUGUCGAAGCAAUGCUGCGACGAAUUCAAUCGCCGUUUUCCAAAUGCACCCGAUAUUGAGAAAGAAAAAAUCACAAAGACUUUAAUAGUGAUUAAAAGAAUGAGACGAAAUGCGAUUAGUUUUGAUCUCGAAUUCCCUCCUGGUGUUAUGGAUUAUAAAGAACGAUAUACGGGUCUAUUCAACUAUCGAAAUGACAACAGCGAGGCUCAUUUCUUUGGGUCAAGGCAGCAAUAUAUUGUAGCGGGUAUGGAGAAAGGCACAUUGUUCGUGUGGGAUCGAGAGAAGGGCGGAAUCACCGAGAUAUUCCAACCGCAACGACACGUGCCGAGUAUUGUUCGUCCCCAUCCGACGAGCUUCUUGUUGGCGACAUCCGGAACGAUUGGAGAUGUUCACAUUUGGGAGCCAGAUUUUAGCGACAAAUAUCUCGAUGCGGACGAGAAACGACAAAUUCGAAAAAGAAAAUGGACAAAGGGAAAUGAGAAUGGAUUCCAAGUUGAAGAGCGAAUGAAAUAUGUCCAGGACAAUCUGAUUUCUCCGCUGGCGAUGAAACAAAUCAUCGAAUAUAUGAGCCUCAACGAGGACUCGCAUUUCUCGAUCAGCACCGACUCGGAAUCAGAUAAUGAGAGUUUUGCCGAAUGA